AACAGUAUUGACGUAGAGAGAUUUUUCUCAAUUUCCUUCAGACAUUGCCACUGUAUUUGGACGUUUUAUUAGAAAAAUUCCGUAAUAGUAUUAUUAGCGUUGGUGUUAAAUUAAUUGUUAGUUAUUAAGUGCUUGAAACUACUUCGCAACAGGUCAAAUGAAAAGGAAAACAUGGGUUGGACGAAGAUCAAAGUGCUAAUUCUGCAGCAUAUGGUGAAACAGCGGAUGAAGUAAAUGUUGUUAGCUGUCGCGUGGGCCUAGCCAUGUAUCGUAAAGUAAUAUAUGCAGCGGUGGCCGCGCUGACACUACAAAUAAUUGGUGCAGCGCGGCUGAUGUGUCCGAGUGAGCCUAACUGCGUUUGCGGUGGCACGCUCGCCGUUGAACUCAAUUGCAACAUCGAUGGUCGGACAGUAAAAAUAAAUUUACUGCCGAACAUCUACAUAAAUAUUAAAUGCGAGAACGCAACGAGUCUUGACUACAGCAAGUUACCAAAAUGUGCCAACACAAUGAGUUCUUUUAAAUCGGUCAGUUUUAAGGAUUGUCCACUACCGGCGUCCUCGUUCAAAGAUGUAUUGACUAACAUGGGAGUGUCCAAAACGAUGGCGCUCAUAUUCCAAAAUGCAAAGAACCUCUCAGGGUACUUCGACAGAAAACAUUUUGCAGGAUUACAAGACUUAACAAAGUUACUUCUGUCGAUAAAUGGGAUUACGCAUCUCCCAGACAACUUGUUUACGGACAUAAACAAGUUAACAUGGCUGAACAUAAGAUCGAACACCAUCAACUUAUCCGAGGAGUUGUUCAAGCCACUUGAAAAGCUUGAAACUUUAGAAAUUAGUCACAAUCACAUGACCAAUAUAUCUUCGAAUUUAUUUUCCCAUUUAUCUUUCUUAAGAAAACUUUCCCUGUGGCAGAGUAACGUCACCUGGUUUUCUAAAGACCUUUUCACAGGCGUCGACGUUCUUGAAGAAUUAGAUCUGAGUUCUAAUGGUCUUAACGAACUUCCAGCUUCGAUAUUUAAACCCUUAAAGAAAUUAAAGAAACUGACAUUAUUUUCCAACAAAUUUUCAUCGCUACCCCAGAACUUGUUCAGAAAUAACGCUGAGCUUGAAACCGUGGUGAUACUUAACAAUGACGUCAAACUGAAAGAGCUUCCUAAAUACCUUUUUGGGGAUUUGCCAAACUUGAAGCAAAUAUAUAUUCAGAGGAGUGGGCUAGAGACUACACCAUACGACGUGUUUGCCAAUUCGCCCCUGAUAACGAACAUAUCAUUAGCGUACAAUGACAUAAAAUCCCUACCCGAGGCCAUUUUUAACGAUCAAAUAAACCUCCUCGAGUUGGACUUGAGUUACAAUCAAUUGAGCGAGCUAAAGCCUAAAUUGUUUUCGUCUUUAGUAAGAUUGGAGAGGCUUAAAUUAUGUCAUAACUCUUUGGUGGAAAUAUCUGGGCAAACCUUUUCGUCGCUACUUAGCUUAAUAUACUUGGAAAUGGAACACAAUAAUUUGAAAACGAUUUCGUCGUAUUUGUUCAGUAACAAUAAACAGCGAAUGUCAAUAUCUCUGGCUUACAAUAAACUUGAUUUUGAGGACAAAGAGUUGGCGAACAAUUCUUGGCUGGUGAAAAGGGCGUCGCCUUUUGCCCACACUUAUAAUUUGAAGCUAUUGAAUUUAAGUCACAAUGAAUUUAAAGUGGCUUUUGAGGAUUGGUGGGUGAAUGGCCACGAGAAUUUAGACAUUACUCACAAUAAUAUACAGAACCUUUGGACUGAUGAAAAAGGAUUGAAGGAGUAUCAUAGCGUAAUGAAAAAACCUAUGAAGCGUGUAUGGAUUUCUAAAAACCCAAUUAACUGCGCGUGCGAGAACUAUUUGUUUAUUGAUUAUAUUCAGGAUACUAUUAAAACUCAGAUUGUCGACUUGCGUCAUGUACGAUGCCCAUUCUGGGCCAAGGAGGCUUGUUACAUGAGAUUCACGAUCGUAAUAACACUCAUGACCAUCGUCAUAUCGCUGUACACAAUUAUUCUAGUCAUAUUCAUAAUCUACAGAAAGCAGAUUAAUUCGAUAGUCAAGAAAAAGUUAAGUUCCAUUCAACAGCCAGCUCCGCCAAGGUCACAUCGCAUUACAGUUGACUAUAGUGUGGCCGAUGAAGAGUUCGUCAACAGAGAAAUUAUAGCCGUAAUGCAGAACUGUGAUUCUUUGAAACUCCAAUCCUAUGACUUGCCAGAUUAUUCCAAAAUGGGAUAUGUGAGGUCGGCAAACUUUAAACGUUACGUCAGAGAUUAUUCUGCCAGAAUCGUCAUUUUCUCUCCGAACUAUUUAAUAAGACACUAUGGACAGAUUGACAUCAAGAAAAUCCAUAGCGAGAUGUUGAAAGCGGAAAAAACUAUUUAUGUAUUCGCUGACAUUGGACCGGAGAAUUCAGUGUACGCUUUCCUAGAAGAGCAACGCGAUGUUCGAACGACCCUUAAGUGGAACGAGGAAGAUUUCUGGGCAAAGCUAAUGAACUUACUGAAUGACUUCGCUUCAUAUGAAGAACUGAAACGUAAGAAGAAUAUUUUCAUCGCUCCACCGACAUCGCUAGAGCCUUCGAACAUAGCUUUGUCGAAAGUACCGGACUGGCCCAACACGUACGAUUUGAACACACUGACACACAGUCAAGUUUAGUUACACUCUCUAUACUUAAUUUAGCGAGGUAAAGACUGACUUCUCCGCUACGAUACCAUCUGAUCUCAAUCAUAGUUUUCGGAUCUUCAUUUCUUUUUUAUAUUGUUACGUUAAGAGGAGGUAGUACUUAAUAUAUGGAUACUGCUUGUAUAAAAUUUUUAUAAAACUAUUUUAUCAUGUAAAAAUUAGGAUAAUAACUUAUUGUUUGUAAACGGUAACUGUGAAUAGUAAUCAAAACCCAACGUUAUUCUGCGGUGAAACCUUGUGAUGCCUACUUCAAAGAAGUGUGUAUCAUGAUUAACAGAGGCAAAUGUAAUCAAUAUGUAAGCUAAGUAAGUGUACAUAAAUUUAAUGAAACAUUAAUAUAAACGAAAACAUUAAAGUUUCAUGGAAACUCCAUGUUGUUAAGAGUUGUAAACAGCAGCUUAUAUUAAAACCUAUACUUUAACAACAA